AUGAAAAGGUCAGGUUCCGGACGCGUUGCGCGCAAAGUUGGCUCCUACGAUGGCGAUUCGCAAGACAGCGCGAACAGCUCGCAAAGCGAGGCACCAAAGCCCAUAGUUGUCAAACGUCCAGCGAUCGGCAAGACAAAGAAGAGGUCCUCGUUGCGCAUCUCUUUCGGCCCAAGCGAGGAUGCGAUCGAUGGCGACGAAUCAAGCGACGCCACCGUGGUCACCCCGAAGAAGUCGAAUCUCAGUCGCAUAGCCUUGGAGAAGAGUGCACAGCUACGCGCGCGAUCACCACUCGUUCCCGAAGCCUCCCGACCCGCAGAUGAAGAGCGACCAUCGUAUAGCAAAGACUACAUAGCAGAACUCCGAAAUUCAACCCCUUCAACACCUAGAGAUUUGAAGGUAUCCGUGGCGGAGGCAGAGGAGGCACGAGCACUUGACAUAGCAUCGAAAUUCGGCUCCGCCGCUCCGCUACCGACGGAGACGUCAGCAAUACCCACAGACGCAGAAAUACAAGAGAAAAAGGCGCGGCGGAGACGCUUAGCGCAGCAGGAAAACGCUUUCGGUGAUGAGGAAGACCGACCAUGGGCAUCGGACGACGAAGGAGAGGACGAGUUCCGGCAAAGAAGGAACGAAAUAUCGUUGCGGCCAAAAGAGAAAUACCCCGAGACGCGCCUAAUACACGACGAUGAGGACAUGGCUGAAGGAUUUGAUGACUUUGUUGAAGACGGCAAGAUAUCGCUCGGUCGCAAGUCCGAACGAGAGGCACAGCGGAGACGGCGCGCGGAGAUGGCUGAGCUCAUCAACGAUGCGGAAGGCUCGGAUGACGAUGGCUCGAACGAUUCGGACGAGGAGAGGAAUGCUGCUUUCGUUGCAGCCCAAGCACGCGCAGGCAGAUACGGCCAGAAGAUCGACGAUGAAGAUGACGGCUCAAAGACUCCGCCGCGGGUUACGCCUCUGCCCGACUUGGAUGAAGUUCUAGAGGGUCUCACGAUCGACAUUCGAGCGAAACAACAGAGGAAGGAGGUGAUUCUCCAGAAGCUCCAAGAGCUCAAGGACGACAAGGUCAGGAUCGAGGAGAGGAAAACGUACCUGCAAGAACAAUUGCAGAAGACAGGCGAAGAGUACGAGAAGUUGCGCCAAGAGGCAGGUCUACCUGCUCUACCCUCGAAUGGUAUAGAGGGGGGAAGACUCAUCACUGAAAGGGGCUUGGACAGUCUAGGAACGACACCUCUAGCCGGACGCUCGAGCGAGGACUCGGAUGAUGAAUAG